ACAGCUCAUCUUGAACAAGAUCAACCGGCUAUUCCCUAACGAUCGGAUCCUCUCUCAUUCAGUGUUCGCCGUUCGGCGAAAUCGGACGGUUAUCUUUCCAUUCUUCUUUAACCGCGAUCAACCACCAAUUUCUGCUCAAUGAAACGCUCAAUCCCUAUCAGUCGGGGAUUCCCCACCGACAUAUCAGCGCUGAGCGCGACUUGUUUGCUGUUGACCUGCUGUGGCUCGCCAGUCCAAGGAGCUGGAGUGGAGUGUGGAGUGAGGCAACUAACCCACCUGGGAUACAUCGCCCACGGGUACGAUGCCGUGGAAGGUGACUGGCCAUGGCACGCUGGAAUCUUCAUGAAUGUCCCGUCCGGUCCUCAGCGGUACAUCUGUGGUGGCUCGAUCAUCAGCGAGAACUUUGUGAUCACUGCUGCCCAUUGCACCGUCCCCAAUCGGAACAUCCUGGCAGCGGAUGACGUCUCGGUUCGUCUCGGGCUGCACAACCGAACAGGUCCAAGCGAGCACUCGAAAAUGUACGACGUGGUGGAGAUCAUACGACAUGAGGCCUUCAACAUGGACAACCUGAGGAACGAUGUGGCGUUGCUCCGAAUGGCGGAUGACAUCGAGUACUCGGACUACAUCCAACCGGUCUGCUUGUGGCCAGUUGAAAAGAAGAGCCUCAAUUCGAUCCUGAACAGUCGUGGAUACGUUGUUGGUUGGGGACUAGGUGAUACAAAAAAUUUGGCAGAACUUCUGCAAGAAGCCAAACUUGCAGCUGUAGAAUAUGAAACUUGUCUGAAGAGCCACCCGACGCACUUCCAAAAGCUGCUCUCCGACGACAAAAGCAGCUACUGUGCUGGAAAUCAAAACCAAACGAACGUUUGCAGUGGGGAUAGUGGCGGUGGCAUGUACUACAAUAUUGGCAGUUCGUGGUACAUCCGAGGAUUGGUCAGUACCGGUGUACGACCUGUAGACGACUCAGCAGCUUGCAAUCCCAAAGAGUACGUCAUCUUCUCCGAUAUUCCGUACUAUCUGGGGUGGAUCACAAAGCACCAAGAAAAUGUGAAGAAACGAAACCUGUUGAAUUUGGGAAGCUGUGGCUUAGAUACCUACAACGCUAGCUACCCAGAACAGGACAAGUCACUGUUUCUGCAGUAUCCAUGGGUAGCAAUGCUUGAGUUUAAGGUUAGAGGAUCCACUUCGAAUCUGACCAUGUGUAACGGAGCGCUCAUCCAUCCAAGGUUUGUCGUAACCGUGGGACACUGCGUGGACGAUUCAGCUUCCAAAUAUAAACUAACCUCCGUCCGCCUGGGAGAGUACAACUUCAAAACCAACCCCGACAAGGAGAAAGACGCCAAAGGCGUGGAACAGUCCACCUUCAUCCAGGUCAUCGACAUAGAAAAAGUGAUCCAGCAUCCGAUGUUCAACCAGCCACGCUACGACAACAACAUCGCCCUCCUAAAGCUCAAAACCCCAGCCGACACGGGCCGUCCCAACGUUCGACCCGUCUGUCUACCCACCCUGGAGGACUUCAACGAGGUGUACACGAUCGCCGGCUGGAAGCGGGUCGGCAAGCAGAACCACAUCAUCCGACGGGACAUUGUGGCGCUGGAGGAUUACGGUACGUGUCAGAGCAUCUACAGCAAGAUGAAGAUCAAGCUGAGCGGGGAGGGCAGUCACAUUUGUGGCACGUACCACCACAAGGAGCAGAUGGAUUGCUUCCACUACAUGGCCGGAGCACCGUUGCAGUACGUGAAGAAUGCUGACCGGAAGAAUCAGUACUUUUUGAAGGGGGUGUUUGCGUACGGAUUUCCCGGAUGUCAGCUGAACUACACGGAUGUGUUCAUGAGUGUUAACAAGUAUGCUUCGUGGAUUAAAAUGGUGGUUGAGCAGGAGGAAGGCCCCUUGUAAUGCGAGGAUUAAUGUCAUCAAUCAUCAGAUUUGGUUAAAAUAUAUAUUGAACUAGAUUCAAUUUAA